UAAAAGUAGAACAUCCCGUAGGAGUACAUCUUCUCGCCAUUUCUUAUCGGAUGUGUAAGGAUUUCUUUCUUUAAUCAGCCAUCUUCAAACGGAAUUUCCACACAGAUUGAUACGAUUCUUCACAUUUGGAUUAACCUUAGAAUAAGGGAUUAACCAUGGAUUAUGUAAUGAUCAGAGAGAUGUAAUUGCCGAACGCCGGAGGAUUACACCGGGAGGCGGGAAUGUAAUCACCGCCUGAGACGGACGCCAUGGGGAACAAACUGUGCGCCCCACUUUUGAAGAAAAAUUACCGGGGACACGAAGCCAACCCGUGGCACUCGAGGAAAGAUUCACAUCUGCUGAGGUUGUGGGCGGAUGUGUUCCGCGUCCAUGGCGACGGCGAGUACAUGCGCUGGGAGCGCGUGUCUGAUGACGUAGUUCCUGUAAAUAUCUCGUGCAUUGAGGACACGCCCACCACGGUCUUUCACAUCACAGCGUACAACCGGCAGGUGGAGAAGAUUUUCGAUGUGAACAUCAACCAGCCAGGUACCAUCAUCUGCCCGGCGACCGAAUGUUUUGUCCACUGGCGUGACUCUGCCAGUCACUGUGAGUGGGGACUCAACUUCUCCACCCCCACAGACGCCCAGAGGUUCAGGGACUGCUGCUCGUUUCCAACACAAAGAUUCGCCAGAAAAGCUUCGUCAGCAAGUUCUCUGAGACUGAGCCCACCAAAGAGACAACGAAGUAAGGCAGCCAGCGCGUCAUCGCCCAGUUCGCCCGUACGUCACACGCACCACAUUACGUCAGACUUCCUGUCGGAGGACGGCUGUGAGCACACUCAGGGCCUGACUGUGAUAUCGACCUCCAAGAACAAUGCCAAACAGGGCAGCACCAGCCCUUCCAGGGCGGGGGCUCAAAACGGAGGGGGCGCCCGGCGGUCCCAGUCGCCGCCCUGCGACUACGCCGUCAUCCAGAGACGGAGACCGCCGGCCGCUGACGACUCGUGCGUGACGGUCGUCUCGUCCUCGACCUCUGCCAACCCGGCCUUCAGGAGGUCAUUUCCGCUAGGUCACGUGUCUACCCUGACCAUGGCCAACGUGGUGACCACCAUGAUGUCAUCAGUGAAAGGCGGGAAGGGGCUGGCGUCAGACAUCGGCCCAGCGGGGUCGGGCGAGAAAGCCGGACCCCCGUCCGCGACGUCAUUGAAAAGUUUAAACGAAUCCCCGAGUAACACAGCCACUCCCCCGAACAUAACCACGCCCAGCAAAUCAACCACGCCCAGUAAAACAACCACGCCCAGUAAGACGGCCACAAGUUCACUCAAGUACCCAGAUUCUCAGAUGAGGCCAUCCUCGGCCAUUUCCGACUUGGCCAACCAGAAGAGCAACAGCCCGAAGCACGUUCAGAUCAGCGACAUCGUCAGCGUCAACAUCACCGGCACGUCCCUGCCCAGCAUGACGUCAGUCAUCAACACCUCCACCGACAAGCCCAACGGCAUCCUCAAGCGCGACAACAGCCUGCGCCACGACAUCGCCGCUGUCCAGAAACAGGGUCAGUUCCAGACCUCCUUUGUGGCAGGCGACGACUCCACCCUCCUCAUCAGACGGGCUUCCUCAGACUCGCCCCCUCUCCCACCCCUCCAGGACGCCGACCCCAAAACCCCCAAAUGCCACCUCCGUGUCGACACCGCUAUCGCCAACCCCCAGUCCCGUAACACCUCCUCCUCUGAAUCUCCGGAAUGGCCUUCACCCCCUGAACCCCUGACCCCCCAGACGCCGCAGACGCCCAACGCCCCUGGUCAGAUGACCUUCGACAGCGACACCAUCCAGAAGAUGCUCCGCUCCCUCCCCUCCUCCCCCCUCGAGAAAGACUUCAACAACGACCCUGACCUUGGCUUUAACGAAGACUUCAACAUCUCAGACGACAGCCAGCAGACGAGCCAGGAGCACGCGCGCCGCGGCUCGCGCCUGUCCCGGACCAAAAGUCUGACCGUGCACGACCGCACCAAGGCCAGCAGCAACCCCCGCCGCCAGCAGAGCAUGGACACCCCCGCGGGGGGUCAGGCCCAGCGAGCUGACCCCCACAAGCCCCGGAUGUUCAACAAGAUCGCCCUGGAGAAGGAGCUGAAGAAGCGGAACAAGAAAAUCGCCGCCAACUACCCGGACAGCGGCAUCGGCCUGACGGUGGACGGCGGCCAGUCCACGCGCUCCGACCCCAACUCGGUGCCUGUCAAGGGAGGUAAACAUGUGAGCCAUGAGCCAAAGUCUGGGUCUGGUGGGGCCAGCAGUGGGAGCCGCGCCAGUGAACAGAGUGACAUCAUUCGCCAACUAGGCGAGGGCUCGGAGAUUCGCCAGUACUUGGCGCCUGAUCUAUCUGAUGAUGACGGUGGAGGUAGCGAUGACAGCAUAGACACGAUGACAGAAACAGAGUCGCAGAUGUCAUUUGCCAGACAAGUGGGGGCCACGAGAAAGGCGGGCUGGCUUGUUGUAAAAAACUGGCUGCUGCAUAAGAAGAAGAAAAUUGAACUGGCCCCUAGACGGGCGUGGAAGCGGUACUGGGUGUGUCUCAAGGGGACGACACUCUUGUUUUUCGACUGUGACGAGGAGAGUUCUGUCACUGAAAAUAUCAUUCCCAGGCACAUCCUUGUGAUUGAAGGAGGUAUCGCCCAGGCUGUACCAGAGCAUCCAAAGAGAGACAACAUCUUCUCACUCAGUACUGCAUGUGGGGACGCCUACCUUUUCCAGGCCUCAUCACAAAUUGACCUUGAGAACUGGAUCCGGGCCAUCCACUCAGCGUGUGCAUCAUCCUACGCCCGGCAACACGGCAAGGACAACACACUCAAGCUGCUGUGUUCUGAGCUGACCAAGUUGGACUCCAGCAUUGAUAUGGAUGUGAAGAUGCGCAAGAUGGCUGAGCUGCAGAUGACCGUGGUCACUGACCCCAAAAGUCGCCAGGCCAUCCUCAAGCAGAUCGCCCAGUGGGAGGAGAACCUGGAGAAGCUGUACAUUGACCAGUACAGGUUCCGCUGCUACUCCGCUUCAUUGCAGGGCUCAGAGCUGCCCAACCCCAAGGUUCUGUUGGCCUGCGCUUCUAAAGCCUCAAAGACAACCUUGGGUCGUCUGGGCAUCUUCACCGUGACAUCAUUCCAUGCCCUGGUCAGUGCCCGCAAGCCCCUGGUCCUGCCCAAUAUCUACGGCAAGACGAGCCAGAAGGGAGGCAUGCUCUCCCCAAGGUCAGAGGGGGUCCAGAAGCCUAGGUCAAGGACGCCCACAGCUUUGGUCAGCUCUAGCACAAGUUCUGAGUGAGUAGCGGCCCUUUGGUCAGCUCUAGCACUAGUUCUGAGUGAUCCUGGUCAAGAGAGUUUGUCCAAGGUUACGCUGCCCAAUAACCAGACCAUGCUGAUUGGGGUGGACCGCGGCACCAGCGUCCAGGACCUGCUGGAGAUGACCUGCAACAAGCGCCAGCUCAACCCCAGGGACCACUACGUCAGGAUCAAACCCCUGGGCUCCACCGACAACACCUUCAUCAUCCCUGACAGGCAUGAGAAUGUCAAAAAACUGCGCUAUGAUGCCAUCGAGGUGUGCCAGAAGUGCAUCUUUCAGAUUGAGCUGACCAAACCCACUAAGGACGGAAUGUUUGGCUUUGCUGUGGAGGCGGAGCUUGCUGAAGACCUGGACAGAGAUGACGAGCUGCGGGUCUAUGUCUGUGACGUCACGAAGGACAGUGUGGCGGAUAAACGAGGUCUGAUUGUGGGGGAUGAAAUCCUUGUGAUCAACAGCAAGAUUGUGUCAGAGCUAGACAUGGUCUACAUCGAGACCCUGCUGCACGAGUCGCGCAGCCUGUUCCUGACUGUACGCAGCAUGAGGACGCAGCCACCACGUACAGACUUCAUACAGAAACACACAGACGCUUACAUAAAAAACAUGGUUGUUCCCCCUCCCCCCUCUCAGUCCAGGCUGUCUGACAGAUCUCUAGGGCAUCUCAUUGUGCCAGCACCAUCUCCUGAUAAUGGAGAAGCAACAAGUACCAGUGUGAAAGAUAGAGUGUCUCGCAACACUUCACCUGCACAGAUUGAGACAUUGUUAGAGGGGGCUGAGGAGGUGACGGCUAUCUGCCGUAAAGACGAGUCCAUAAUCAACGAAGAUGGACACACAGUGGCCAAGCCCUUAUCUGAUGCCCAGAGGAUGAGGAAAGCCAUCAUGGAGCUGGUCGAGACAGAGAGGGCGUAUGUCAAGGAUUUAAAAUGCCUGACCGAGCGCUACCUGGAACCUCUGAAGGAAGAAACUUUCCUGACGUCAGGUGAGAUCCAGCAGCUGUUUGGUAACAUCCAGGAGAUUGUGGCCUUCCAGCAACGCUUCCUGCACAGUCUGGAGGAGGCUGUGGAGUCUGUCCCUGACUUUUUCACCACCAAUGAUGCUUCUCAUUUUAAGAGAGUUGUUUUUUCGUUGGGUGGAUCAUUCCUGUAUUACGCCAAUCAUUUCAAAGUGUACAGUUCAUUUUGUGCCAGCCACUCAAGGUCACAGAAAAUACUUAACCCAGAUGCCAACGAAGCCUUGCGUGAGUUUCUGCGGGCCAGGAACCCCAAGCAGCAGCACUCAGCCACACUGGAAUCCUACCUGAUCAAACCCAUCCAGCGGAUAUUGAAGUAUCCACUCCUGCUGCAGCAGCUAUGUAACAUGACGCACAUAGAGACGGAUGAACAUCAUCAUUUGUCUGAGGCCCUCAAGGGUAUGGAGGCUGUGGCUGAACACAUCAAUGAGAUGCAGAAAAUUUAUGACGAGUACGGCUCCGUGUUUGAUGACCUGUCCAGGUCAUAUAAGGAGAACAACCCACACAAAUCUCCCAUUGAGCUGAAUGUUGGUGACCUCCAGAUGUAUGGGACAGUUGAGUGGGUCAACAUCGCUGACCACAUGGGGAAGGUGAAAAAAUCGGCUGAGUUUGAGAAUGUUGUCUUUGUCUUCAAGGCUGGAGUUACCUUCCUUUGUAGAGAAAGGUUAAAAAGGAAGAAAACCAAAUCCCUGUCAGCGAGGUCAUCUCUGAUUGAGGUGGCUGAAACUGUGGAGCGCUACCGGACUCUGAUCCCCACCCAGGAGGUCCAGAUCAGGACAGGGAAGGUCAGUGACAUGGACCGGCACUACUGGUGGGACCUGGUCCACUCAAGGUCAGAGCUGGAGGGCCGGCCAGAGAAAGUCUACCAGUUCUGUAACAGCACGAGUGAGGCCAAGUCUGACUUCAUGAAGGUCAUCAGACAGACCAUCAGAGAAAGUGUAAGGAGGAUGAUCAUCCCCAGCUCUGUCCACUCUCACUCACACAGGCCCUACUCCACCUCCCCCACACACCACGCUGACCCCACUGACCCCUCGGGGGUCGACAUAUCUUCAUCCUAUCCCUCCCCCACCUCCCACCCCCACCCUCUCUCCAGUCCCCAGCUUGCACUAUUUAAGCGCCGGAUGAAAUCCUCGGACGCUGAACGCCAUUCCAUGGAUCUAGACAAUAAGAUCAGUGAGCUUGACCUAGAUUCUGCAUUUAGAACCCGGAGUAAAACAAUUGGAGAUCUCAAUGAAGCCAGUAUGGACGAGUCAGGGGGGUUUGUCCCAGGGACUCUAGAACCAGCCGCCACAGACAAGAACAACAAAGAGAACAGCUCGUGUUCAUCCAACUCCAACCUGAGCUGCUCCAGCCAGACGGGCAGCCAGACAGGGUCAGCCAAGCUGCAGUACGCCAGCGCUGACCCCCUCCACUACUCCUCCAGCUCCAUCAACUCUGGGGACAGGGCCGGGGCCGCGUCCCCCGUCUGGAAGAGGGUGGAGCCCAAGCUGAAGCCCGGCCAGCAGCAGGAGGACAGCAACUCCACCAAAAGUGGUGGGGGGAGCAGCAACAACUCCGCGGAGAGCAUCCCUCCCCCCAGACGGGACACCAAGACGGUGGUGUUUGCUCCCCUGCCCGGGGGGGUGCCGGCCCUUAAAGACACGGAAUGUUGAGGCUGGCCUGGGGGAUGGUGUUAAAUAUUUCUCACACGAGCUGGUCUCUCAGCUGACCAAUCCAAAGCUUGGAUUAAGAUUAAGGAUUAGGAUCAAGGAUGGGGUGCUUCCUUUAGCCAUCAUGGCAUCAAUCUGAGAACAAGGAAAUCAAUGUUGUGGU